AGAGCCACAACAUCAGGAGCGGCAGCAGGGGCGGGGGCAGCAGCCUCCCCGACCCUCACCCCCAGUCUCCAGAGGCAGGAGGAGGAGGGGGAGGCAGCUGGACCAAACAGGUCACCUGCAGGUAUUUCAUGCAUGGAGUUUGCAGGGAAGAAAACAAUUGCUGCUACUCCCAUGACUUGUCCACUAGUCAGUCUGUCAUGGUGUGCAGAUAUUAUCAGCGGGGGUGCUGUACUUGUGGAGACCGCUGCAGAUAUAAACAUACCAAGCCAUUGAAACGAGAAGAAGUGACUGCUGCCAAUCUAGCUGCAAAAACUGACCCUCCAGCCUCUUCAAGCCUCCCAACACUGGUUGAACCACUUCCUGAAGCCAGUACUAGUGAAGCUGGAUCAGAAAAUUCCAAUUUUGCAGCUGCAGGAGCGGGUGGGGAAGACUGGGUAAAUGAUUUUGUUCCUGGACAGCCCUACAGUGGACGUGCCUCUUCCUUCACUGAAGCACCCCUGCAGGGCAUGAUGAUCGAGGAAGAAUUAGAGAAACAGCAAACCAAUGUGGAAAUGAAGAAACAGCUUUGCCCCUACACAGCAGUAGGUGUUUAUCUUCAUGGGGAUGCCUGUGACAUGUGUGGUUUGCAGGUCUUGCACCCAGUGGCUGCUGCCCAGAGAUCACAGCAUAUAAAAUCUUGCAUUGAGGCUCAUGAAAAGGACAUGGAACUCUCAUUUGCUGUCCAGCACAGUAAGGACAUGGUGUGCGGGAUCUGCAUGCAGGUAGUCUAUGAAAAAGUCAACCCUAAUGAGCGUGGCUUUGGGAUUCUCUCCAGCUGCAGUCACACUUACUGUCUAAGAUGCAUCCACAAAUGGAGAAGUGCUAAGCAGUUUGAGAGCAAGAUUAUAUAG